UUUCGUUCCGGCAUUUCUCACAGCCGCUUGCGACAAGCUCCUGCUGUGAAGCACACACAUACCCGUAUUAAUCCACCCGUAUGAAAUAUACAAACGGUUGAAUUACGACGCCGUGGAAAAUACCUAUGGAAUACAUUUGUUUUUGCCCGUUUAUGUGCGUGUAUUGAUCAACGGGAGGAUGGUAAUAAAUAAGUAAUAAUCAUAAUUAAGGAAGUUGGAUGAAAAAGCCCACGUGGAACGAGUUAAUGUAAAGAGUAACCGGAGUGGACUAAUUGGGAUCACAGGUAAAGCGAUUUCUUUUUCAAAGAUUAACCUCAUUCAUGUUUUCCACUUCAGAAAUGUUAAUUCCGGGAGUUAGGGACUGUUGGAACUGGUGAAACGUGCUCAGUGGAUUGGAGUGUUGUGUGUGAUGAACUCUUAGUACAUUUUAAAAGUUGAAUUUUCUCGCACAUUUUGAACACUGCUAUUUCUUUAUAUAUUUCGAUAGUGGGAUUUUCUGAUACAAUUUCGACAGAGGACAUUUUCUACACGUUUCGUCAGUGGAUUCCUGUUUUUGGAGGGCACUUUUCAACAGUUACUUUUUACAUAUUUUAUAUAUUUCAACGAUCACAUUUCAUAGCUCGUUUCAACAAUGGGUUUGUAACAAAGUCCAUCAGUGGAUUUGUAACAAAGGGCAACAAGUUAUUUGUGACGAAGUUCAACAGGUUAAAUGUUACACAGUUCAACAGCGGAAUUUCGUGGCAGAGUUCGACAGAUGAAUUUUAUUGCAUAUUUCAACAGUGCAAUUUCAUAACAUUUUAACAAUAGCAUCUCGCAACACAUUUCAACAGAUAAAACCGAUGUACUGUGUGCGCAGUGAGUUGGGAUUUCUUGUGUUAAUUUCCUCACCCAUUUUAAACCGAGAAACUGAUGUCAUGUUCAUGCAUUGAGUGGAAUUGAUUGUGCUAAUUUCCUCGUAUAUUUCUUGUGCUAAUUUCAUCGUGUAUUUCUUGUGUUAAUUUCCUCGCACAUUUCAACAGUUGAAACUCACAGCAAGGUGCGCGAUAAGCGAUCUGGAGACCCCGAGUCUCGCCAGACAGGUGAGAAAACCACCCGAAGAUUGAAAUAACAUGUAUCGGAACUGGAAGUCAGUUUUGCCUGCUGCCAAAUAAUGGUGCGAGCUAACCCCACCCCCAUGAGAUAACGGAUUUACAAUGCUGUGGGAUACCUGUGUGUCAUUGUGUCUGCACCUGUCUGCCCUAGGCUUAGUCUCAGCAUUUCGUAACCUGUACACGGACCGGUCCAAGCUCAACACCCUGCCCCGGUUCCUCCCCACGCCCACUAACUACACGUUCGAGGUGGGGCAGCUGGCUGUACUCAAGUGUGAAGUCGAAAAUCUCGGCAAGAAACGGGUUGGUUGGCGACGGGCGGCGGAUACGAACCCUCUGACGGUCGGAACGAUGACGUUUGUCGAUGAUACCCGAAUCAUGAUCGAGCGGCCCCCGAUGACGAACGAAUGGAACCUGCUGAUUAAAAACGUGCAGCUCGAGGACUCGGGUGUUUACGAGUGUCAGAUCUCGUCCAAGGUGCGGCACCUCAGGUACCACAUGCUGCUCACAGUCAAAGAACCUGUAAAAACCUCUGGAUUCUUGGACAUAAGAAUAAGUGGGAAGAACUUUGUAGAGAAGGGAGAACGUAUAUAUCUCAAGUGUAACGCCACGGGCCGGGAAUACCCACCCGAGGAUCUCGACUGGUUUAAAAACGGAAACAAACUAACGACAGAGUUUUCUAAGAAAGUGUACAUACGGAAGUUUGUGUCGAUCAACACAAAGACUAUAGUGAGCAUCCUGGAAAUCAACGACUCAAAACUGUCAGACGCUGGGACAUACGUCUGUCGAACGUCCGAUCAGCAGGUCACCAGCACAAGGGUUAACGUUCUAAAUGCUGGAACCUACAACGUGAGGCGAGAUGCGAUUGUAGGUGAGACGAACAGUUCGAGUUAUCUGAACAGCGCGGGAACAUUUUACCUCAGACUAACCACGAUUCUGCUGACUCAGUUCUCUGUCAUCCUCUGUAGGACUUUUGUCGCGGGCUUUCACUUACUGGGCACGUAGUGCGUCAUCAGACAUUUGGAUGAAGAUGAAGAUCUUCCUUCGUUUCUCAAACAUUCCCAGCAAUGGAUAUUCGGGUGGUGGACAUGACAGUGGAUGGAAAACAAAAGCAAAAACAACAACAACUGGAAGAGAGAAAGAGAGACUUCUUGAAACAUUUGUUGUGUUUAAUUGCCAAGAUCAGCUAUAGUGUAUUGUGUAAAUCAUGACCGAAAGUAUAACAGUUCUGUUGUGAACAGCGGAAGGUGGUGGACACGACAGUGGAAGGAAACUAAAACAGGAAGUGAGAAAGAGAGAUACUUCUUCAAAUAUCUUGUUUUCAGUUACCAAGCGAAGGAAGUGAAGAUGAUUUAAAUUGUUACAGUUGUUUGUCAGAAAAGAAUGUAUGCAUGAAAGAAAACAAAACAAAACAAAAAAGGCUGUUAAUGGAUGAUGAUUUGUUGUUGGUAUGCUGAUCGAGAAAUAUGUUAGAGAGGAACAAAAUCUGUCACUCAGACAUGUCUAUGCAGAAUGUUAUCUGACGUGAGCGGGAGUACAAACCAAUAUGCACCGAGAACUAUCGUUAUUUAUUCAUAUGUACCCACGACGACAUGUCUGGUUGAAUAAGGUAGCAUUCAUAAACAGGUUUUUUUUUAUGGUUUUGUGCUAGAAGAGGUAGACAUAAUGUGUACCUAUGAAAAAGGCUCGAACCGAGCAACGUAACAAUUAUAAACACGUCUUGUAAUCUUCUGCCAGAGAUGGUGGACUUGGGUUAUGUAUACCUAUCUGAACGAAAGCAAAAACGUUAUCCAUAGUAAAAAACGUAUUUCUGCAACAUGCAGACUCGAAUGGGCAUUUGGCAAAGUAGUGGUUGAUUCCAAGAAUUAUGACCAAAGAACGAACUGAACAACGCAACAUUUAUAAGCUUAUCUCUGUGGUCCGGUUGAGAGUCGGAUGCUGACUGACUUCAUCAUUUAAACCUACGCCAAAUGGGACGAACGUGCUAAAACUACCAUUUAUAAGCAGGUAUGUGUGGUAAGGUGACAGAUGAUGGCCCUAUUUGGGAGUGUGAUUCCUUGCAAGUAACCUUGUUGGUAUUACGUGACAGAUUGAGAGAAAUUCUUUUUUCAGCUUCUGGGAUCCAGAUAAAAUAUAAUUUCAUGACCAACCACAUCCAGAGUCCACCUUUCAACACUUCGCCACUACUAUCAUAUAUACAACCCGCUGUGACAUAAUAACAGACAGGUGGUUGUGCUGGUUGACGUCUCACGCCCAUCCAUCUAACACAAUCAUGUAUCGGUUGUAGAGACAUUGGGGGAAAAACGUUCGCUUUAUGUCAAAGAGCAAAGAACACGUGAUGAACCUUGAUAUGGUAAGAAUGUGCUCGAGAUAAUGAAAGAGAAAAAAAAAGGAGAGAGAAAAUGAGCAGACCGCCCAACAACUUGAUUUCUUCGCAAACCUCUAUUAGUGUUUUUUAUGAUUCUGUUAGAUGUGUGAAAUGUAUUUAUCAGUACUGCACGUAAUCAUAGAGCAUACCAUUGGACGUUGUGUUCCAUAAGCAUACAGUGUGGCUGUGUCUUACCAAGUCUGGCUUAUGGGUACAUCUGUUCCGUUUUAUUAUUAUGGGUAUUUUUAAUUUUUAACAUUUAAAAAUUUGUUUGUUUUUUGUUUGUUUUUUGGAGGACGUAUUUUUUAUUUUUUUAUUUUGUUUUGUGGUUACUGUUCUAUUUGUUUGUU